GCUGUUUCCUUUGUUUAGAAAGUGAGACGAAGAAGAAAAAUCACAUGUAUAUUGUAUUUUGCUCGUGAAUGAAUAUUAUUUUAUUUUUACAAAGCCGUAGUUAUUUAUCAUGACGGAGUAUAUUUGCCGACCAACGAAACGUAUCAAGCUAAAUGAAAGCCCCAAGUGGUAUGCUUACGCUAUACUGACCGAUGAAUAUGCAAAAGAGCCUCCCCUUGUGAAGGUUUAUUUAAGUAAAUUGGAAAAUAAGCGCCAGAUAUCGAGAGUAAUGCAAGAGCUAAGCAAACUUCUACCCGUGGAACAAAUGAAACUCCAACAUUUGAAACGUGUACGCCAACAGGAUAUUCUCUUGUUUAAAAUGAAUGAUUUAAACGGUCAAACCGUCACUGAAUAUUUAGUAUCUGUAGGAUUAAGUGCCGAAAUUGUUGAACUUUUGUGCAAAAAUAUACACGAAACUGAUGUUUUUGCUUCCGCGCCUAUGUUACGUUGGCAAUAUGAGUUGGCACAACUGCGUUGGCCGUGUAAAUUUCAUCCAGACAAGUAUAUGGAGUCAUUGAACGAGGGGAGUAUAUUUAGUGAAAAACAGCGAAAUUUUCACACGAAAAUACUGUAUUUAUUAAAUGAGAUUUCAAGUGAGUUGGAGAAUAACAAGCCCUGUGGCAUUUGCAUAGAUCCACGCACGAAUGCAGUUGUUGCUUUGGCAACCAGCAGAACCACUAUCAGUCCGUUAAUGCAUUGUCCAACGGUUUUGAUAGACUUCGUAGCACGGUCGCAAGGCGGCGGCGCCUGGCAAAAGGAAUUUUUACACGAGUUUCAAAAUGUUGAUGAAAAUUUAUUUAACAAAAACAAAAUAAAUCCCAGUAUGAGUGGAAUUCCUAGCCAUUAUUUACAUUUUAUAAGGGCAGAUAAACGAUUCGAAGACAUAAAAAUUGGUGCAGAACCACCUAGAUCAAAAACAAUGAUUGAAUCGGCGGAUCAAACUGCACUAAGUAGUGUAGGUAACUUGGAAAAAUAUGGUCCAUAUUUAUGCACUGGGUAUGAGAUGUUUUUAAGUCAGGAGCCAUGCCUGAUGUGUGCAAUGGCGCUCGUACACAGUCGAGUCCGAAGGGUGUAUUUCCAAAAACGUUCUAAAAACGGUGCACUGGUAAGUCGACUGAAGUUGCACUCCGUCAAGGAAUUAAAUCAUCACUACGAAGUAUUUGAAUGUAAAGAAAUAUGUAGUUGA